AUUGUCAGUUUGGCUUUUGGUCUGUAAAGUUUAUAAUUAAAAUUGAAAUACAAAAUGUUGGAAAAAAUUAUUUUAAUUUUUAUGUGUGCUACUUUAGUAGCAAGUCAAGGAAUUACAGACUCGCGUUGCCCUCAAGAUAACAUUCCUGCAACCAGACUUCCACAUGAAACUGAUUGUAGUUUAUACUACAUAUGCAACUUUGGUCAAAGAUUUUUAAUGCCACCAUGUCCAUCACCGAUGUUAUUUGAUACACCUUCUUCAUCAUGCCGUUCACCUCCUGUGACUUGUGGACCAGUUGAUGAAACUACAACCACUCCAACAACUACACCGACUACAACAACAGCUGAAGAAACAACUACGCCGACUACAACAACAUCUGAAGAAACAACUACGCCGACUACAGCACCAGAAGAAGAAACAACCACGCCCACUACAGCACCAGAAGAGGAAACGACUACAGUACCGGAAGAAGAAACAACUGUAUCUGAGGAUACAACUGUACCUGGGGAUACAACUACUCUAGCUACUGCACCAUCAGUUGUUCCAACAGUACCAGUUGAGAUUCCUACGGCCCCAACGGCUUUCAAAUUCUUAUUUCCUGUUGUUCCAACAGUGCCAAAUUUUCGUAUCCUAAAACUUUCAGUUGAAAUUCCUACAGUCCCAACGGUACCAACAGUUGAGGUUCCUACAGUCCCAACAGAACCACCAGUUGAGGUUCCUACAAUACCAACAGUACCAGUUGAGAUUCCUACAGCCCCAACGGUAAAGUCAUUCUUAUUUUCUGGAUAAUUAAAAGUACCGAUUUUAAUUAUGUUAUAUUCGAUUACCAAUCCAUUGUAUUAAGAAGAUAUUUUAAUAAUAAAAAGAAUCAUUCUUGCAUACAUUCUAAUAAUAUUUUAAUUAAGUCAACUUUGUUAAUUGAAAAAAGGAAAGGAAUGCUGAUAAAGUGAUCGAUGUCAUCAUUCAGAAUUAAAACCAGUGAACGUUCA